AUGAAUUUUAUACUGCUUUAACUAGAUGAGACAAUUAAAGAAAUAAUUUAACUUUUUAAUUAAAACGAAGACAUAUGCUAUUAGAUGAUGUACAAAAUUAUGAUUUUUAUUAUUGAUGAUAAUACUCCCUAUGAAUAUAAAUAAAAAUCAGAUUUGCUUAAUCUAAUUUAUAAUCUUAAAAGCCAUUUAAGAGAAAACCCUUGUAAUAAAGUUAAAUUGUUUGCUGUAUAAAAAGAAAGGAAAAUAGGCGAUAUUGAUGAUAGUGAUUUGGAUUUGCAUAAGAAAUGUAAGAAGUAGUUAAAAGAACUGGUUGAGAAACUAACUAAAAGAGAUUAAUUAAUUCAAGAAUAAACUGCGAAUUAUAUGAAGGAGAUCCAAAUUUUAAGUGAAUAAAUUUAUAGAUUAAAUCAUGCACAACCAAAUAAUGAUAAUAUAUAAAUUGAUAGACAUUUAAUCAAGGAUUAAGCUACUUUGGAUAUAGUAAAUAAAAACCUUGAAAAGAUUUCUCAUGCAUAUGAAAAUAAGAUUAAGCACUUAAAUAUUAUUGUGGAAGCAUAAAAAAGAGAGUUAGUAAUGACAAAACAGACUUUGAAAGAAUUCAAAUAGAAACAUGAACAUCAUCAAUCAACAGAAUAUUUGGUAAGAAAAAUAGCACAAUUAGAAAAAGAUCCUUACAAAAUUUGGAAAUAUUUUCAAGAUAAUCAUGGAAAUUUAUUUUUUUUAUAAGUAUUUCGAAAUCAAAAACAAGGUUAUGGAAUAAAUUAUAAAGAGAUCGAUUAGAUUCUCUCUUAGACCAAAAUUAUAGAAAGGGAAAUGUAAAUCUAUUAAUAAUUGAUUGAAACUUCUCUUUCCUAAUUUAUGGAAAGAGUUAUUAAAGAUCAAAAAAAGAAUAAAGAAGCCUAUUAACAACAGGAAAUGGAAUUAACAUCAUAGAUAUCUAUCUAACACAAGAUUUAAAAUGAAUUAGAAAAAAACUAUUAAAAAAUCAUUUAGUUUUGUAAAUAUUGAAUAUUUUAUAAAGUAAUCUCCCAAAAUAAGUCCGUUUUAUUAUAAGCUGCCGUUCAUAUUUGGAGAUUUUAAUCUACCACAAAUAAAGCAAUUAUUGCAAAUCCAAAAUAGUCAUCAUAUAUCUAGGAUUUCAUAAAAGGUUUAAUGAAGUUUAAAGUUAAUUAUGAAACUUUAGAUUACUCUUCUAUAUAUCAUAAUUAAUUUAUAUAGCUGCAAUCAAAAAUAACUUGGUUACAAAAGCUUUUGUUGACUUAUUAGUAAAAUAUAUAGAAGUAAUAAUAUUAAAAGGAGAUGUUAGAAAAUUAAUUGGCUUUAAUAAAAUAAAAAAAUUCUAACAAUAUCCAAAAUGAAAAGCUAAUUGAAACAGAUAAAAAAAAAACUUAAAAUGAGAUAGAGAAAGAGAUAAAUGAGAAAUAGAAGUAAUAAGAAUUAGAAAUGUUUCAUUAUAAUUAAUUUUUACAAGAAGGAAAAUAUACAGAAUAAUUUACAUAAACAAUUGAUUUUUUUUCUCCUUAAAUAUUGAAAUCAUUUGAAACACCUUAGAAAGUAAUUAUGCAAAAUGAAUUAAUUCACAGUUAAUUAGAAAAUAAUAGUAAAGGAUUUUCUGAAGUAUAAGUAUAUGAUGCUGAACAAUCAGAUGUUAAAAAAAAAAAUAAAAGUUCUAUAAAGUAUUCGUUUUAGUAAUUUGAAACAUUCAAGUCAAAAACUCCUUGCAAUAAGACUGCUUCUGGAUUUAAUACGUCUUUGGAAUCAAAUUUUAUUGAGUUAAAGCCUAAAAUGAUAGCAGAAUAGAAAGAAUAAGAUGUAAUUAGAAAGAAAUCUGAAGUCAAAACCGAAAAUAAACUAGCAGUCUUAUAAAUAAGCUCUAAAAGAUAUUAAAAGGUCGAUUUAUUAAAAUAAGUUGAAUUAUUAAGUUAGUUGUAAUUACAAUUAAGAGAUAUUGAGACUCCAUAAGAUAAAGGUUAAAUGAAUACAACCUAAAAGUAAGAAAGAGGAUUUCGAACAGCAGUAAGAAGAAAACCAAAUUUAAGUAUAACUUUUGAGUAAUUUCAUAAUGAAAUGAAAAUUAAUCCACUAGAAAUGUUUUCAUCCACACAAAGAUAGAAUAAAAUAAAGAGAUUUUCAACAAAAGACUGCGAAUACUUAAUAUUAUGA